AAAAUCAAAUCAAGCGCCAUAAUAUUAUAGCAAUUUUUGUGUUAUUUUUCAAGAAAUUGCACUCAAAUAACGCUAUAAUUAUUGAAAUCGCAUGAGAUAUAUUUUAUCUUGCAUAAGUGAUUAUAAGUUUUGCUUUUACGAGUGUGUACUUCUCAAUAAUAGUGUUUCAUAUUUGUGACAAUUUGUUUUUAACCGUGGCGAACUGCGGGAGAGGCAAAUUUUAUUUGACAAGUUAAAAUGGCGGCCUCUUUUGAACUCAAAAAUGUUAUGUUUUUGGUGAUCACUUCUCAAUAAAUAUUGUGUACAAGCUGUAUGGGGACUAUGUAAACAAGGGUACACAUCAUAUAAUCAACAUGGAUCACAAUUUGGACGACUCGUUAAACCUGGAGAGUGCUAUGGGUGUUGAUUUUGAGCAACCUGAGGAUAUAGUGGUGAGUGAAGCUGGCAUGUCAAUUGAAGCUACGCCACAUGAACAGAGCAUUCCGAUGGAAUUUGAACACACCGAAGAACAGCCCAUACUCAUGGAUACAACCAAUGAAGAAAUUAUUGUUUCAGAGUUUAUGGGGGACCAGUUUACUUUGCAGGAGUAUUCUGUGCAGAGCGACCAAACCACUGGUUUGACCACAACAGUUGAGUCUAAUCAACAGCAGAUACUAGCAUCUCAGUCGGAUACUAUGAUAGACAUCCAGUACCAGCCGCAGCUAGUGAGCACUGUCAAAACUGACAUGUUGCCACCUAAACUCAUCACUGUCAAGAAUGUGGCAGCAGCCCGGCCAGUAGUCAAAAAAGCCGAAACGGCCCUGGCACCCGCGCCGCGACAAGUGGCGAUCGCGCCUAAACUGCCCAAGCUUGUGGCCACCAAGACCUACACCCCGCCCAAACAACUGCCCAUAGCACCCAAGCCCAUGAACAUGCCCUCCAAUCGUGCCCAAAGUCUGGUGAAGGUAUCCAUAGCUAACGUUGUGCAGGGAACGACUAAGGGCAAUUCUGUAUUAGCACAAAUAGGGAAGCAGUUAAUAAUGGUGCCGUCUGGGUCUCAGAAGAUAAAACUUGUGUCUCCAACUGGUUCAGUGCCUAACAUACAGUAUGUCAGACCAGACUCUGAUCAGGCACAAUUGAUUGCAAAUAAAAAUCUCAGCGGUACACAGAGCAAGCCUGUUAUGGCUAAGUUAUUUGCAGUUCAAGGUCCGCCGAAAUUCGACCCAUCAAAUCAGCCCGCAGUAAUCACUAAGAUAAUGCCAGUGGGGAGCGGAAAGAUCGGCGGCACGCCGCGGUUCGUCGCCUUGCCGCCAAAGAAUGUGCCCAUCUCUUUUGGAAACAAGGUUUUAAUGGCAACACCUUCGACACAAGGUCUAGUGAAGUUGGCAAAGAAACAAGAAAUUAUAACUAUUAAGUCACCCACUGCAAAGUUACUGCCUGCUCCAGCACUGGUUCCCGUCAGCAGUGGCCCUACCAAAAGCAAAGUAUUGCAAGUAACAAACACAACGAAAAAUGUUGUCUUUAAACCAGUUACUCCAACUAAAGCUACUGAGGUGACAAACGAUGGCAUUCAAGUGAUCGAGAAUCAAAAGUCCCAACUGCAUCAGAUCAGUGUGCCAGGCAAAGGUGUCCAAUAUGUUCGCCUAUACAAAAAUUUGGCACCCAAAGCAGUACCCAAGGCUGUUAACUCUAAAACAUUUGUACUAACAGACAGUAAAGGGAAUAUAAUCCAAAUGACAGCAGAGAAGAUGACAGCUGGGCAACCGCCCUCUCUUGUGGUUACGAGCAAUGCAAACACUAGCACAACGGCGUCAAAGCCUCAACAUAAACUUGUGCGAAUUGCACCGGUUGGGGCGAAAACUACGCAAGCGGCUACGCAACCCGGAAGAUCAUCACAAAGCCUUUUAGCCCCAAUAUCGCCUGUCCACAUGACAACUGACACCAGUUUACCUGAAAUCAAGACCCUAUUAGAGGAGCAAGAACUAGUACAAAGCGAGCUCACAGAAGAGGAAGCGGGCGCGGAAGCGGCACUGGCCGUGGAAGCGAUAGCGAAGUCAGAGGAUUUAGCGGACGGAUUGGAAGAGGUUGACUCGAAAACGGCGCUACGGCAACUCAUAGAGAACACGGUAGCAGAGGACGAAAACUUGUCCAUGACCGAGGUUGAGAUCGAAUUUAAGCAACAGCCGCACAGUCCAGUACAAGACAAUAGUAUGGACAGUAUGGAGCAACACGAGUCUAGCAGUCAGUCAGAAGAGCAACGUUUGAUCAUGCUUCCUACCAAGUAUGAGCCCGAGCAAACUGAAAUAACUAUAGAAGCCGUGCAAGACAGAAUGGAUGAUUCGCAACAAAUGGAUAACACGAUAAACAUGGACGACGAAGCAAUGACCGAAUUCGAUUCGAAAAUCCUUGAGGCCCUAAACGAUCAAGAGGCAAAGCCAUCAGAUUUCGGCCUCCGUCCACGCAAAGCGUGCAACUGUACAAAGUCGCAAUGUCUCAAGCUGUACUGCGAUUGCUUCGCCAAUGGGGAGUUCUGCAACCGCUGCAACUGCAUCAACUGCCAUAACAACUUGGAGAACGAGGAGUUGCGCCAGAAGGCCAUCCGGGGUUGUCUGGACAGGAACCCUAAUGCCUUUAGGCCUAAAAUUGGCAAGACGAAAGUUGGAGGUCCCGAGAUAAUUCGGAGGCACAACAAGGGAUGCAACUGUAAACGGAGCGGCUGUCUCAAGAACUAUUGUGAAUGUUAUGAGGCGAAAAUAGCCUGCACGGCGAUCUGCAAAUGCGUCGGCUGUCGCAACGUUGAAGAAACAUUAGAGCGACGACAUCGCAACCACCUGCCGCGCCUCCUGCCCGCGCCGCCGCCCGACGUGCCCCUUGCGCCCAAGUUGGUAUAUAAGCAACCCUGCAGCUUUAUGACAACCGGAGUGAUAGAAGCCGUGUGCCAGUGCCUCAUAGCGUCCGCGGUGGACAACAAGGAUGAGCCGGAGCAGAGGGUGACGGACCCUAUGCGCAACGUCAUCGAGGAGUUCGCGCGCUGUCUGCAGGACAUCAUCAGCGCCGCGCACCAGAGCACGUCGGUCGGAUUGAUGGAGGAGGAACCCGCAUGAUAUUCGAAGGAAAGUUCUCUGAGCGGUGUACAGUGAUAAUAAUAAUUAAUUAUACAGCACUAAUAUAUUCCACAAGUGAUAGUUGAAAUUAAUAUUAUAUACCUAGAGCAAUCUUUUUUUAGUGCAAUCUCUAUAUUUUUUUAUAAUGUUCCUAUUACGAAUUUGCUAUUAGUCUCCACCCACUUCAUAGGGCCGCACUUUCAUUGGUACAUGUGCACAUACUUAAUGAUGUUUAAGGAAUUAGUUUCGGAACAGUAUAGUAAAUAUCCUCAUGUCGGAACUAAAAGAUUGUCAAGAGAACUUGUUGAGUGUUGACUGCUACUUACUUAUAAUAUUCAUUCACUCGUUCUUCCUGACCAUAUUUUGUUUCAUAAAGAAACUAUUAAAGCUAGAAAAGGAGCCUCUUGUUCCCUAGUUUGCGUCAAUGGAAAGAUUGUAUGCGGUAUUUUCGUAUUACUAGUGAAUAAAGUGAAAGUUUGUGGACAUUUUAAUUAUUAUUUCAAUUUUUUCCUUAUGACUUGGUUGUUAUUAAUGAAUUUUUAUGACAGCUACAAUCAACAUAAAUCCACAUUGAUCGUAGCCUCGGAAUAUCAAAUAUUCUCUAUUAAAUAAAUCAGACUGGAUCGAAAUCAUCUACGAAAAAGUAUGGCGCACGUUAUAACAUCGAUAUCAUAUCAAUCCGAUAGAAAUGCGGUUCUAUGUAAUGGGUGUAAAGCUUUAAUAAUACGUUAUUUUCUUUGUAUAAAAAGACUGUUAAGUAAAUAGUAACCAUUGAUAUAUUGUUAUAAAUAUUCUUGUGAAUGCUUAAAAUGGAA